AUGUCUGCUCCCUCUCGAAGUCAGGUUCUCUCGCUAUACAAGCAAAUUAUCAAGAAUGCCAACGGCUUCAAUAAUUACAAUUUCAGGAAUUAUUUUCUGCGGAAAGCCAAGACCAGUUUCCGGAACGCCAGUGACUUGAAAGACCCUGUCGCCAUCGAGGAGGCCUGGAAUACCGCUAAGCAAGAGCUAGGCGUGCUAAAGCGACAAUCAGUGAUUUCACAAAUGUACACCUUCGACAAGCAAGUUGUUGAGCCCCUAGAACAGAAGCAUCACAUUAGAAGUUGA